ACUUAUGGGAUGUUAAAUUAUAAUGAAUGGCAUGCAUCAUCAGUUUGUUUUAACCCACAUGGUGGUUAGUGAUUAUAAACUGUAUCGCAAGGGGCAUUAUGUUGCAGAUAUCAGCUUACGAGUACCUGGAGUUCACAAUGUUCUUAAUUCAUUAGCUGUUGUUGCAACAAUAAGUUCGUUUUUUGGUGAUGAAAGACAAUUUUAUGAAUCAAUAGAUGUGAAGUUUCAUCUAAAUAAAUUCGAAGGUGUCUUUAGACGUUUUGAGAUGAUUAGUGCAGUUAAUGGAUGCCAUAAAUAUGAUGACUAUGCUCACCACCCUAACAGCAAGGCAAAUGUUUCCAUCUAAGGAACUUUGGGUGAUGUUUCAACCUCACACUUAUAGUCGCCUGGCAGCUUUGAAGAGUGAAUUUGCCUCUGCAUUAAUUCAUGCAAAUCAAGUUUCUAUCACUGAGAUUUAUGCUGCCAGAGAAACAAACUAUUCCAAUAUUAGCGGAAGGGAUCUCGCUAUGUCUAUAACUGGUCCACCAUGUGAAUUCUUCCCAUGCCUGGACGACGUGGUGGAUAAGUUGGCACAGUGGGUUUCAUUAGAUCCUAAUCGUCCACUGGUCAUCUUGACGCUCGGAGUAGGUAGGAACCUGUUUGGCAGACUUGUGCCAAGGAUCACUCAUCAUACAAAACCUAACUCCAACCAUCGGAUUUUUUUCUCUUUUUGCUUGAAAAAACAGGUGAUAUAACUAACGUGGGACGAAAACUGCUGCAAAAGUUGAAACAAACAUUACCAUGAUCCAUUCAAUUUGAAGAUCAACC